UGGAUAAUGAUGAAGGAACAUCCGAAAUUUAUUGAAAAAGGCAAACAGAUCAAUAUGUUAGAUUUUUUGUCGGAUCCUGUCGUAGUUUUUGGCGAAAAAUAUUAUUUAUCACUUCAACUCUUCUUUGGCUUCAUUCUACCUACAAUAAUACCAGUAUACCUCUGGAACGAAACCUGGGCCAGAGCCAUAAUAUCGCAAGUAUUUAUACGAUACAUUAUCACUCUGCACACCGUGUGGACCAUCAAUAGCAUCGCUCAUGCGUGGGGUACUAGACCAUAUGAUAAAAACAUAAAACCGACGGAUAAUAUUAUUAUCAAUUACUUGACAUUGGGAGAAGGAUAUUACAAUUAUCAUCACGUGUUUCCCUGGGAUUACAGAGCGGCGGAAAUAGGAAACAAUAGAAUGAAUUACACCACACUCUUUAUCGAUAUGUUUGCGAAAUUAGGAUGCAAUUGCCGGUUUCGCUAAUUCGCUGAGUGACUGUAUGGUGGCGCCAACAUUAGCUCUCUCUCUCUCUCUCUCUCUCUCUCUC